UCUCCCUGUCACGAACACACCAUGGCGAGGGGCCGGGGAACAGGCUCUUAAUAAGAGCCUCUUAUUAUACAUCCAUGGGAACAGGCAAUCACAACUUUUACAUAUUAAAGUAGUCAGCGGUCAGUUUCAGACACCAUGUUCCAAACUGUCCCCCUGUCCGAGUCUCAGACGCAUUUCCCUGGUCAGCCGUACUCCGUGUCCGUCCUUAAAGUCGGCUACUGUCUCCCUCAGCCUGAUGGGACGUUCAGGGCCGACGGGACUAUCACCCUCAUAACGGGACCCAAGACUGUUCUAGUGGACACCGGGGGUCCAUGGGACCGGGACUUUCUCCUGACCACACUGAAGGAGAAGGGUCUGGAACCGGGGGACAUUGACGUGGUCGUGGGGACGCACGGACACUCAGACCACGUGGGAAACCUCAGCGUUUUCCCGGCAGCAGUGAUGAUAGUAGGCUAUGACGUCAGUGAUGGAGACACGUACCGCCCCAACCAGCUAGCAGAGGGACAGGGGUACGCUAUUGAUGAGCAGGUGUGUGUAGUUCCCAGUCCAGGCCACACGGAGCAGCACGUCAGCGUCCAGGUGACGGGAACCUCGGCAGGCACAGUGCUGGUUGCAGGGGACUUAUUUGAGUGCUGCACAGACGAGGACAGCUGGCGGGACCUGAGCGUGAACACUGCAGUGCAGGAGGUCAGUCGGCAGAAGGCGCUACAGACCGCUGAUGUCAUCAUACCGGGACACGGACUCCCUUUCAGAGUCCUCAGGAACUGAGGAGUCAACCCUGGUGCUCCACAGACCUUUAUCACAGCAACAUUUUGACUCAUAGAAGAAAAACAAUAUCCUUUUUUAAAGCAAAGGAGAUAAUUACCUCCCACAAUUUUAAGUUACGUACUAUUUGUCCGUUCCUGGAAAAAUAAUCAGCUUUUUAUUACACAUCAACAGCCUGUAAACUGUAAACAUCUCCGUACAUGUAUAGAUAUCAUCUCAGAUAUUGGUACAACAUUGAUUAUUACAUUGACAACAAAUAUAUUUGACUAUGAAAAUAUUUGACUAUAAAUAUAUUUAUUGGUUGCCUGCAACUCGACUCUUUCUCCUUCAUCAAAAGAGGGAUAAUACCAAAUAAAUAAAUACAUUUUACUACUGUCCUUCACUUCUACAGCAUCAUACACACUGCAUUUAAACCAAAGACUCACCAAAAACACAAGAAUGGAUUUUAUCAAAUUAUUUUCCCAAAUUAUUUGGAGGUAUUUUAGUUUAUAGACAUAAAUUCGACAACAAACUAAGUAAAUGUUAAUACUAACAUUGAAUAUUGAUUAAAAUGAAUACUAAAC